UAUACCAUGGAGCAUUGCUCAUUACAUUUUUUGUAUUAAGUUUGGAAUGUCAGGAAUUACAGUGAGGCAGCUUCCAGCAAUAGAGACAAUGGAGCAGAUUAGAUCACUUACCCCAUCCAAAAAACACACCCCCAUCCAUGGCCCCAUUCAGUGUUGGCGUGGUCUAAAUGUGCUGUGUCUCUAAAAGUAGAGGAACUGAAAGAAAACUACGGAGUUACUCAUUGAAUAUGAAGCACUUUGUAAUGACCUGACGAGAGGGCGUUGCCUAAACAUUUAAAAUUGACGCAAACUAAAGUGACUGUUACACAUAAAAAGGACACAAACGUUUGCAUUCAGUCAAUAAGCAGACGCUUUUCUCCAAAGCGACUUACAAUUGAGGAGCAAUUCAACAAGAACAGCUACAAGGAGGAUCAUUAAACAUCUGAAAGAACAGAAGAAUGGCUGAAGCGGAAGGUCUUGCUGACUGGAUGUCCAAAUUGAAUGAGACAUUCACAACAGUCCCCUUGAGCCAUAUUGCAAUUCCAGGUAGCCACGAUGCUAUGGCCUACAGCUUAGACAUGGACUCUCCAGUCCUGGAACCUGACAGUCUCAAACCUAUGGACAACAUGUUCAGUGCAUUCUUAAGGCCCAUUGUCAAGAAAUGGGGCACCGCUCAGGAUAAAACCAUCUCUGAGCAGCUUGAUGCUGGUACGCGCUAUUUUGAUCUGCGGGUUGCUGGAAAGCCUGAAUCCAGCGAUUUCUUCUUCUAUCAUGGAUUGUACACAACGAUGACUGUGAAGGAGGCAAUGACAGAACUGAAGACAUGGUUAGGACAGCACUCUAAGGAGGUCGUCAUCCUUGCUUUCUCACAUUUCAAGGAAAUGUCAGCCGAUCAACACACAGACCUGACCAACUUCCUCAAAGAGCACUUCAAAACCAAACUCUGUCCUAAGGCUAAAAUGCCUUCAAUGAAGGACUGCUGGGAAAGUAGCUAUCAGGUUAUCCUCUCUUAUGAUGACAGAAAUAUUGAGGAUCCUGUUUUGUGGCCUCGAAUCGGGUACUGGUGGGCUAAUAAUUCAGACCCCAAUGAGGUCAUUUCAUUCCUCGAUAACAAGAAACAGACAGGCAGACCAGAGGGAUUGUUUGUUGCUGGUCUCAACCUGACUUUUGAUGCGAAUGACAUGCUCCAGUACCUCACAACAUCAUUAAAAGAGAAGACCAUGACGGCUUACCCUCUGUUGCUGGAAUGGGUGAAGGAGCAACACCCAGGCUCGGGCACACAAAGCAUCAACAUCAUCGCUGGAGAUUUUGUUGGCGUGAACAGCUUUGCUCACGAUGUCAUUCAGCUCAACAAUGCCAAAAACUAGUUCUUGAAGAUCUAGUGCAGGGGUCACCAAUCUCGGUCCUGGAGGGCUGGUGUCCCUGCAGGGUUUAGCUCCAACUUGCCUCAACACACCUGCCUGGAUGAUUCAAGUAUACCUAGUAAGACCUUGAUUAGCUUGUUCAGGUGUGUUUGAUUAGGGUUGGAGCUAAAAUCCAGUUUGGUGACCACUGAUCUAGUGGUAGAUACUGUUACAUUUCGUGAAUGAAAGAAAGAAUAUAUAUUGUAGUCUGUUAAAUGGGGGUGUAAUAAAGUGCUGCAGAGAUGACAUGUUUUGUUGGCCAAAAUAUGGAAAUGUCAGCAUUUUUGUUUUGAUGUCAGUGUAUUUUUUGAAUGCUUUUUGGGGCAAGGCCUGAGAUAAGGUCUCUAAUGACAAGUGCAAGAUAUAGUCAUGCUUUAUUAAUAAAAUAAAUAAAAAAAUACCAUCAGCAAACCUUCAUCUUAUGAUUUUUUUAAAACUUCUACUUGUCUUGAUUGUGCUUGCUGACAAGUUGCUAAAUGGGACCACAGUGGCUAAUGCGUUAAAUUUAAUCUAAACUGGAAAACUCCCUAGUCCACUUUUACAGUCUUGGAAUCAACAUGUACUGUACAGUUAAAGCUCAAAAAUUGAAAAGUUUGAGAUAAAGACUAAGAGUUUAGUGGCGAGGUUGGACUCUGAUUGUGGUGUAGUUUGUUUAUUACAGUCUUUGUUUAGCUUUUUACUUCUGACUGCCAGUUUAUAAAAGUAUUGUUCAGAAAAUCUUAUUGAAUCAAAUGUAAAAACCAAAAUCAAUAUCAUAAACUUAUUUUCCAUAUAGGGUGUAUUGUUCUGCAGUAAUCCAAACGCUAAAUGGAAAAUGUUGGUAUUGGUAGAGGUAUCUGUGGUCAUUUAGUGUUGGCCCAAUAGAAUUUAAAUUUCCUUAUGAUUUUCUAACUUACCUAAUGGCAAAGAAAACUUAACAGAGUGUACUUUUCAUUUCUCAUUUUCUUUCCCAAAAAAAUAUUAUCUCAAUUCUGGGUGAGUAUACAUUACCUCCUUCACAAAAAACACUUUUUUUUGUUGAUGGUGAACGUAUUACAUAUAAAGGUGAUGUUUGAAUGAACUUUCAUUUUACAGUCAUUAAAAAAAUAAAUGAUACUUCAUAAAAAAUAAACAAAACAACAUUUGAGGUGGAACAAACGUGCACCAGUUUGUUUUGGCUGUUUGGCUAAAAACAAACAAAUUUUCAGAUGAUUCCUAACACUGUUGUCAUUGAUA